CAAUUUUUAAUAUAUAAUAGAAGUUCGUAAUUUUUCAUAAUAAUUUUGUAUAACUAACAACUUAUUGUAACGCUCAUUAUAUUUAGAUAAAAAUUACUCGGUUGAUGUACUCGAAGCAGAAUCAUAUCUUUACGCUCUCGUUAUUUAUUUAGCAAUAUUGUUCAAAUAUAUUCAGAUAAAAUUGUUCAUUCAACAAUACGAAUACUCAGAGUCCGAUAAUAUUGUCUGGCGCAGUGAGAUUGUUGUACAAAUAUAUUAUCUUCGGUCCGACUCAAGACUCUUAACUCUUUUUCAUCGACAUACUUUCAUUGUCAUCCCCAUAAAUCAUCAAGUUGUACGCGCGACAGUCGCAGUCAACUUCGAGAUUUUCUGGCGUAGGUGUUGCCCGGGCGAGACCAAGUCGAAACAUGGAGAACACGUGACCGCGUAAUAAAGUGACGGGACACGGGGAACAGUGCCAGAGGAAAAGGAAGAAGAGGAAAAAGAAGAGGAAGUAGAGUAGAUUCCGUGAGUGCGAACCCGAGGACAGGUCCGGACCGAACGAAAAAGCGAUGCCAAGAGCCGCGAGGACAAUCAAGUCACAUCGGUAUCGUGUGACCCGCGAUUGAGGUCACUGAAUUCGCUCGAAGCCAGCCUGGUGUUAGGCGCUUGCCAGUUGCACGGGUAAUCGUGACGAUUAGGCCGAGGCGAAGAUGAAGAAUAACUCGAGCAACUCGAAUCACGAGAAGAACGGGCCGGAGAACUUGAAGCUACUACAGGUGCCGACGACGCCGUCCGUGACACCGUCGUCACCCACGACGCCAACCAGAGGGCUCGAUGAUGUCUUCAAGGAGUUACCGAUCACCGACGACACCUCGUGCGGCAUAUGGUGCUUCAAGGGUCCGACCCUGCAGAAGUUUGCCAAUAAGAAGGCUUACGUGUUUCUUUAUGGUGUGCUCGGCUGCAUAUUUUCCGCCAGUUACGCCUAUUUCAAUGGCACCAUCACUACCAUCGAGAAGAGAUUUAAAAUACCCUCGAAAACCACGGGUCUCAUCACAGUGGGUAACGACAUCUCGCAGCUUUUCGUAUCCGUCGCUCUGUCGUAUUACGCAGGGAGAAGUCACAGGCCCCGAUGGAUCGCUUUCGGUAUUUACACCGUUGUACUUUUCUGUUGUCUUACGAUGCUACCGCACUUUCUCUACGGGCCCGGCGAAGACGCCCUAUCCCUGACCAAAGAAUACGGCACGAAACCGCGAAGCACGCUGAACACAAGCGUGAUUCCCGAAAAGCAUCGGAAAUUUCUAUGUUUGGGCAAAGAAACUCGCGGGCUUGACUGCGAGGUCGAGGACGGAAACUUUGCGCCGCAAGUGAUCCUCUUCAUAGCCCAGCUGGUGUCCGGGGUGGGUGGUUCACUUUAUUACACCCUCGGCGUGUCUUACAUGGACGACAACAUACAAAAGUCGAAAACGCCGGCGCUGAUCAGCUUCUCGUAUUUCUUACGAAUGCUCGGGCCCGCCAUUGGUUACGGGCUGGCCUCAUUCUCCUUGAAGUUCUACAUCAGCCCGACUCUAACUCCCACUAUUACGAUGCAAGACCCGAGGUGGUUAGGUGCUUGGUGGCUAGGAUGGAUCAUCUUGGCCAUUCUCCUCAUCAUUUUCGCAAGCAUGAUCGCUCUCUUCCCGAAGACACUGCCGAGGGCGGCCGCUCGCAAGGUCCUGGCUCUGGAACGCAACAAGUCGGCCGCGAGCAUCAAGGGGGGCGAGCAAGAAUCUGAGCUACCAGCGUCAAUCUCGGACAUGUUGAGAACGUUUAAACGCCUGUUGACGAACACGACUUUGAUGUGCAACAAUUUGGCGACGGUCUUCUAUUUCAUGGGCUACAUGCCCUAUUGGAUCUUCAUGCCGAAGUACAUUGAGACUCAGUACAAGCAAUCGGCGUCCGUCUCAUCGUUGAUCACCGGCACGGUCGGCUUGGUAUUCAGUGCCUUCGGGAUACUGCUGUCCGGUUUAGUCAUCUCCAAGUACAAGCCAAAGGCUAGAUACCUGGCGGCGUGGAACGUCAUGAUUGGCGUUAUAUCGGUACUGGGAAUGAUCUCUUACGCCUUUCUCGGCUGCUCGGCGAACGACAAUCAGAUCGCUAUUCAGCCGAACGGCGAAUUGAAAACGCAGUUACCCUGCAACGAGCAGUGCCACUGCGACUACGUCACCUACAAUCCUGUGUGCUCCGAACAUGGACAAACGUUUAUAUCCGCGUGUCACGCCGGCUGCCGCAACAUGAAGCAUUAUAAUAACGGUAGUAAAGUUUAUACGGACUGCAGCUGCGUGAAACCAAAAUUGGCUCGUUCCCUGGCGCAUCCAUUUGCCAACAGCACAUCCUUCUCAUUCUCUACCGAGGUCCCAUUAGAAACUACCGAGCCCACUGUAGACGCUUUGGGAACGGCUGUUCCAGGUUCCUGUCCGGUAGACUGUAUGCAAAAGUUCUACAUCUUUCUCGCAGUGGUGUGUUUCUUGAAGUUUAGCGGCGCAACCGGAAGAGCGUCGAAUUUCUUAGUUUCCGUAAGAUGCGUCGACGAGAAAGACAAGGCGGUCGCCAUGGGCUUUGGAUUAAUGAUACUGAGCCUCUUUGCCUUUAUACCGUCGCCUAUUUUAUUCGGAUUCAUAUUAGAUAAAACUUGUCUUGUAUGGGGUAAGACUUGUUCAGGGACGGGAAAUUGCUGGCUGUACAACGGCGAAGUAUUGAGGUAUUUGCUGAACUUCACUGCAGCCAGUUUUGUAACGAUCGGUACGCUGUUUGACGUGGGCGUUUGGUAUUUCGUCAAAGACGUGAAGAUCUUUGACGAGGAGAUCGAACUGGAAGAUAUAGCCGAGGAGCCUGGUGAUACGCUUUAAAGAAUAAUUAAUGAUCGAGUUCAAUCACCCUUUUGGCGUAUGCGUUACGCGCGUGAAGAGAGAGACUUCGAUCGAAGAUCUUCAAGAAAGAUCGAACGACGAACGCGGAGCGAGCGAGAACCGACAAAUAAAGACUUUACAAGUACCUUAAGCACCUCCUUAGCUAUUUAAAGCUCAUAGUAACCUAGAUAGAACCGACUCCAUUGGUAGAACACCUAUGGCGUUCGCAAGAGAAAUGCGACCACCGAUCUUUUAUUAAUUUUAAUUUACUGCGAUUAAUUGUUUUUAUUGUUGUAACGGAUGAAUUCGUAAUUCGUUGUAGGUUUGAUAUGAAUCUUUGCUUUAUUUCGAACUCGUGUUUCCACAGAAAAUGACGGGAAUGCCAAAUUAAUGCAUAUAUAGAGCAUAUACGUGUAUUCCGCAUAUAUUGCUUACUCUUGUCGAUGAAAAAAAAAACAAUGAUUCAUGUUAGUGAAUCAUCUAUAAAAUUAAUUAAUUGUACAUAUAACAAUUAUAUUUUGAAUUAAUAGAAAAUGUAUCGUAAUUUAUCUACUCGCGAUGAAAUAUAGUGUACCCGCUGUUAUCGACACAUUAGAAGGUAUUCUAAUCUAUAUAUAAGGUGGUACUACAAAACAACAAGAAGUCAUUAAUAACAGGUAGGCGAAAUAAUCAAAAAUAAGGAUACGAUAGAUUUUAAUUGUGUAAUAAAUAUUAAAAGAAUUAUUAUGAAAGUCGUUAUACACAUGUUACGUUUUACAAAGAAUAAUUAUGAAUAUG